AUGAACAGGUUAUUUAAGGGCAAAGGAAGAACAAUAGCAGAUUCAGAGAAUAAGCCAAAAGCUCCACAGCCAGCAGCACCUCAGCCAGCUUCAGGACCAAUGCAAUUACCACCAGAAAUUACAGGAGAAAGGCCAGCACCACCACCAGAGGAAAUGCCAGGUCCAGGAAAGAGAUUCAUGCGUGUAACCAAAACACCAGAAGGCCAAGGCAUUAAACCUUGCGAGGAAAAAGAUGAUUUCUUCAAAGUCAAAUCUUCUGAUUUGAAUCUUAAGAAUUAUGGUCAGCCAAAGACAUUUGCAGACGUUCGCAAAACUACAUAUUCUCCAAAAAUUGCGAAAAUUAAAUUUGACAUUCGUUCAAAUAAGGUCAUAUUCGCAGUCGAGGCUCAAUUUGCUAUUAACGAAACAAUUGAUGCCGUUUAUGACUUCUUACUUCAAGAAGUUUUUGAAAAGGUUGAAAAAAUCGAAAUUUUCACAUCAUUCCCUCGUGCAUUGCUUCCAAGAGACGGAAAACAUUUAGCAGGACUCAAGAUACAAGGAAAUGUUUUGUUAAAUGUUGCUGUAACAGGUGGUUUUACCCUCAAGAUUUAA